GGUUCAAGGAACAAUUGGGCGGAGCAUUUGUGAGCGCGUCGCCGGUAUUGCUGUGUGUAUGAUGCUGUGGGGCCGCGCAUUGGCCGGGAGCGAGCAUUGUGGUCUGGGCUUGCAGCUCCGUGCUUCGGUGUUUUUUGCGGUUGGGUCUCAUUACAGUAGGUUUGCUCUACGCCCGUAGAAUUAUAUGCGGCUACUCCCGGGAUGGUGAAGAGCGGGCCGCGGUGAAAAGGUGUGGGAUGGCCAUCCGAAGCCCCCCGGGAUCGCUCGUCCGGGUAACCCGGGGGCUCUUCGCCGUCUCCAUCAUAUUUUCCGUGUGGAAGAAGCCGACUUGGGCUGCCAGGACUGCAGGCUCAGGAUUCAGGACCUUUACACCCUUCUAUUUCCUGACGGAGCCAGUGGACACCGUGACUCUACGUGGUUUUGCUGCAGUAUUAAACUGCUCUGCUUAUGCAGAUCCAACGCCAAAGAUUGAAUGGAAAAAGGAUGGGACAUUUCUGAAUCUUGUGUCUGAUGAUCGUCGCAAACUCUUACCAGAUGGGUCAUUGCUUAUAACAAGCGUUGUGCACUCAAAGCACAACAAACCAGAUGAAGGCGUCUACCAGUGUGUGGCCACUGUAGAGAGCCUGGGAAGUAUAGUCAGCCGCACCGCUCGACUCUCUGUUGCAGGCCUUCCUCGAUUUGCUAGCCAGCCAGAGUCCUCUUCUGUCUAUCUUGGAGAUAGCAUUGUAUUGAACUGUGAUGUAAGUCCUGAACUGGUGCCUUUUGUGCAAUGGGAACAAAACAAGGCUCCACUGGAAUUGGACAGCAGAGUAGCUAUUCUGUCAAAUGGCAGCUUGGUCAUUCACAACGCCAAUGAAAGUGAUGCUGGGCUAUACCGCUGUGCAGUAGGUGGUGGCUCAUCCAUAAAAUACAGUGAGGAGGCAGAGAUCAGAGUUCUUCAAGACACAGGAGAGGAACGACCCAUGGUAUUUCUGCUCCAGCCUUUACCACUUACCAGGGUCUCUGGACAGACUGCACUUUUGUCUUGCGUAGUAUCUGGGUAUCCCACACCCAGUGUGAGCUGGAGCCAUAACCAGAAAGAAAUACUUAAUGAAAACUCGGAGAAAUUAACAUUCUUGGCAGGGGGCAACCUGCAGAUCAGCUCUGUAACGGAAGAUGAUGCUGGAAUUUACACAUGCAUAGCCGACAAUGGGAACCAGACUAUUCAGGCUCAUGCUGAGCUUAGCAUACAAGUGCCACCUAUUUUGCAUGUUAAGCCAUCCAAUACUCAUGCACAUGAGUCCAUGGACAUUGUGUUUAAGUGUGAGGUGACCGGGAAACCUACUCCCACUGUUAAAUGGGUUAAAAAUGGCGAUAUGGUGAUUCCAAGUGACUACUUCAAGAUAGUGGAGGAUCAUGACCUGCAGGUGUUAGGUCUAGUGCGCUCAGAUGAGGGAUUCUAUCAGUGCAUAGCUGAAAAUGAGGUGGGGAAUGUUCAGGCAGCAGCACAGCUCAUUAUCCUAGAGCAUGGUGUAACCAUCCCAACCUCUCCCAUCCCAUCACUGACCCAUGCCACUGCUCACAAUGUAGCUGCCACUCCAGGAGGCCCCGUGCCUUCAUCCCCAAGGGAUGUCGUAGCCUCUCUGGUGUCUACGCGUUUCAUAAAACUGACUUGGCGUAUGCCGGCUGAUCCACAUGGAGAGAACCUCACCUAUCAAGUCUACUAUAGCAAGGAGAGCAUGAAUAGGGAACGCGUGGAGAACACUACCCGCCCAGGAGAAAUGCAGGUUACAAUCCCGAACCUUCUACCUGAGACAGUCUAUUACUUUCGAGUGGUGGCUCAGAAUCAGCAUGGAGCAGGUGAAAGCUCCCUUCCUCUGAAGGUUGAAACACAGCCUGAAGUGCAAGUACCUGGCCCAGCCCCCAAUUUUAAAGCCACAUCAGUCUCGGCCACAUCUGUAAGUGUCUCUUGGGAAACCCCACUGUCUGGAAAUGGUGAGAUUCAGAGCUACAAGCUUUAUUAUUUGGAAAAAGGAGCAGACAACGAGCAGGAUAUUGAUGUGGGUGGACAUUCCUAUACAAUAAAUGGCCUGAAAAAAUAUACAGAUUAUACCUUCAGGGUGGUAGCCUUUAACAAGCACGGACCGGGUGUCUCCACGCAGGAUGUGACUGUCAGGACUCUGUCAGAUGUACCCAGUGCUGCCCCUCAGAACCUGACACUAGAAGUUCGGAGUUCACAGAGCAUUUUAGUGCAGUGGCAGCCCCCUCCUCUAGUUUCCCAAAAUGGACAGAUUGUGGGCUACAAGGUCCGUUACCGUAAGAUGACAAGGAAGAGUGAGACCAGUGAGAUACUUGUGGAUGCUCAACUAUCAUAUCUUUUCACAGGUCUUGAGCGGGACACAGAGUACAACUUUCGGGUUGUGGCCUUGACUGUUAAUGGAAGCGGCCCUGCAACAGACUGGGUUUCAGCAGAGACGUUUGAGAGUGAUCUGGAUGAGUCACGUGUACCAGAUGUGCCAAGCUCCCUCCAUGUCCGUCCCUUGGUAACCAACAUUGUGGUGAGCUGGACCCCCCCAGAAAACCAGCAUCAAGUUGUGGUCCGUGGAUAUGCAAUUGGUUAUGGUUUAGGAAGUCCUCAUGCCCAGACUGUACGUGUGGACCACAAGCAGCGUUACUACACCAUUGAUAACCUUGAACCCAGCUCCCACUAUGUUAUCUCGCUUAGAGCCUUCAACAACGUUGGAGAGGGAAUUCCACUGUAUGAGAGUGCAGUUACCCGCCAGCACACAGACCCUUCCGAUGUUGAUGUGUUUGUUGUUCAUGCCCCAUACACCCCAGUUCCAGAGCCCAGUCCUAUGUUGCCCCCAGUUGGCGUGCAAGCCACUAGCGUGGCCAGUGACACUGUGCGUCUCACAUGGGCGGAUAAUUCUCUCCCCAAAAACCAGAAGAUCACUGAUUCAAGAUAUUACACAGUGAAAUGGAAGACCAAUAUUCCAGCAAACACCAAAUAUAAGAUGGCCAACAGCACAACUUUAAGUUUCUUGGUUACUGGUCUAAAGCCCAACACUCUAUAUGAGUUCUCAGUCAUGGUGACCAAAGGUCGUAGAUCGAGUACAUGGAGUAUGACAGCCCAUGGGACCACAUUUGAAUCAGUGCCUUCUUCACCUCCCAAAGAUGUAACUGUUGUGAGCAAGGAGGGAAAACCUCGCACCAUUAUUGUCAACUGGCAGCCUCCCUCAGAGGCUAAUGGUAAAAUAACAGGUUACAUUAUAUAUUACAGUACAGAUGCUCAGGCUGAACUCCAUGACUGGGUGAUUGAGCCAGUGAUUGGAAACCGUCUGACCCAUCAAAUACAAGAGUUGACUCUGGACACCCCUUAUUACUUCAAAAUCCAGGCGAGAAACUCUAAGGGCAUGGGUCCAAUGUCAGAAGCUGUGCUAUUCCGUACCCCCAAAGAGUCAUCACCUUACAUGCCUAACGACCAAGCAUCCAGCAUCUCUGGAAAAGGGGUUCGCCCUUUUGAUACUGGAUCAAACAGUGGCUCAACUCUAGGAGGCAGUAAUAGUCACCAUGGAAGCCCAACUUCACUGGAUCAGAACAUGCUUCUAACAAUCAUUGUUUCCCUUGGUGUGAUCACAGUCUUGGUUGCUGUUGUCAUAGCAGCCAUAUGUUCCCGUCGUUCUAGCUCUCAUCACAAAAAAAAGAGAGCUGCCAGUAAGUCAGUGAAUGGCUCACAUAAAUACAAAGGCAACUCAAAGGAUGUGAAACCACCAGACCUGUGGAUCCAUCAUGAACGUUUGGAAUUGAAACCAACAGAAAAGUCUCCAGAAACAAACCCAAUUUUGACAGAUACACCUCUGCCACGUUCCCCCCAAGAUCUCACACCAGGGGAUAGUACAACUGAAGGCAGCAUCCAUCAGCACAGCAACUCAUAUCGAGGUCUGGAGUCAGAAGAUUCCGUGUCCUCACUUGCUGGGCGUCGUGGCAUGCGACCUAAGAUAAUGAUGCCUUUUGACUCCCAGCCUCCACAACCGGUUGUCAGUGCCCAUCCCAUCCAUUCACACGAUAAUUCUCAUCAUUUUCGCUCCGUUCCUGGGUUCAUGCUGCACGUGUUGGGUGGCCCUUCGCAGGCUGCAGAAUCUGUGCGUCAUACCCCUAGCUGUGACACUGUCGUAGCUGCAUCAUCUUCCUCUCAGACUGGCCCUGAGGAUCCAGACCCCUCAGGGGGUAACUUCUUGCCUGGCUCCCUGGAUGAAGAUACUGUACCUAGUGUUCCCACAGCACAUAUCCGCCCCUCUCAUCCCCUAAAAAGCUUUGCUGUUCCAGCUGUGCCUGCUCCUUCUUCUGCAGCUUCAUAUGAACCCCCAUUACCCAGCUCUCCGCUUCUUCAACAACAAUGCCCCACAGCUUUGUCUGUGAAGACAGCCUCUCUUGGAAGUCUUGGCAGAGUGCGACCCCCACUUCAAGUCACAGUUCCCAGUGCCCCCGAACCACUAGAGACAACUAGAAUGCUGGAUGGCUCAGAAUGUAGCUAUGAACCAGACGAGUUAAGCAAAGAGAUGGCUCAUCUUGAAGGCCUGAUGAAGGAUCUAAAUGCCAUAACCACAGCAUGAGAAGCAUAAUGUCUCCAUCCCAGAGGCCUGUCCUUGAAUGGGCUUUCAGCUCGGUGCCAGCUAGAGGCAGGGGCUUCUGUGUCACAACCACCUGUACAGACUAGAGGGGUGUAAGAUUGUGUAUGCUGAGAACCACCAAGGGCCAACAUGUAGUACUUUUUUCUUGCUACUCUCAUACCUUCGGAUUUCUAAGAUGAAUUGUUUUCUUGGAGGGAGGAUUUAUAUAAAUAACAAAAGGACAUUUGUUUAAAAUGUGGAGGAAUAUUGUGUACAUUUUUUUCCACCACAUUGGGCCUUCGUCCUUUUGCCUUGGCUUUGCAGAUGCCAGAUAUGGUGUGCCAAGCAAUAGACGGGUGCCUGAAAGACUGCUCUUCCUAAAGGCUAACCCUGUAUUUUUGCAGUGUUUUCAGGCUGCGGCUCAGAACCAGUCAGCAGCAGUUCCCCCUCCAGCCUCUGUGAGACUCAAAACAGUGUUAACCCCCCCAACACUCCCUGAUUUGUCAAGAGACAUUGCCUCCUCAUCUCCGUCCUGUUUAAGUGCUCUCUACCUGAAAGUAUGCUUUAUGGAAGAACUCCUUAUGCUACUCACUACAAGGGAGACUUGUGACUAUGAGAUUUGCAGAGUUGCAAACUGACGAGCUUCAACAGAGUUUGUUUUUUCUCUCUAGCAUUGUACUCACACUUUCUGAUUUCACAGAGAAGGCCAUAUCAGGCUGGUUUUUCAGCACUUUCAUGUGUUUAAGCAUCUUCCUCCUUGUGUGAAGUCCCCCUGCUUGUAAAGAAGCCAUGUCUUUCAUACAUCUUCUGUAUAUUGUUCUGUCCUUCCCCAGCCCUCUGCCACUCGCAGUCCUUUAUGUACAGAAAAUUCAUUCUAUUUUUUUUUUAAUUGCUUUUUCUGUAGUGUUUAGAUUGUACCUUUUUAUUGUGAUUUUUUUUAUAACAUAAUGAAUAUUAUUUGGUAUUGGAAUUCAAUACACUUUUUUUAUUCAAUCAAA